ACGAUGCCUUCAGAAAGUUUACGACGUGAGACUCUGGAGGCUUUAAGAAACUCAAAGAAGGGAAAGAUAUCGUUCGACCCGCAUGGCUGGAGUAGAAUCGAUGAUAUUCUGGGCGGCUACAAAGAGACCAUCAGCUUGUCUCCACAAGCCGGCCUCAUAUUGGACCGUCUGGGUUCCUCACCCCUGCAGACGUCCUGCUUCCUGGACUCCAGCUCUGGACACUCCAGCCCCGGCCUGUCUGAGCAGACAACAGACUCCAUCGUGUCCAGAGAAUCAGUCUCUGACAUCAACGCUCAGGCGCUACAGGUCGAGUGUGAGAAGGCAAGUCUGUUCGUCUGUUUUGAAGAUGCAAAGGAUGAAGAUCCAGAGACAGACGACAGUGAGGUGUCCAGUCUUCUGCCUCCACCGGCCAUUUCCCUGCUGUCGCCCAAAGCCAUGGAGAUCACCGGUCGCAUUAUCAAGAUUGAGAAGGAAUAUAGAGAAAAGGCCCAGGUGGCGCUCAGACAGCGACAGGAGAUGCAGGAGAAGUUUGUGGCGGAGUUGGUGAGUUCAGGGUCGGAGCAGCUGAAAUGCUUCGAAGAGUUCAUGGAGCUGAAGCGAAGACAGGAGUUCCAGAGCAUAAGAGACAUGAUGGACAGAGAAUCCAAAGAGAGCAUCGGGCGACAAGAGAAGCUGAAGGAAGAGCAAAGACACAGAAUGAAGAUCCUGAAACUGCGACUGAGGGAGGCGGAGCACCAGCGUGAGUGCGAGGCCGAGCUGGAGUCAAAGUGGCGUGCCGAGCUGCAGCCGCAGCAGGCGGAGGGCAGAGAGAGGUUACAAAACCUCAACACCGUCAAGGAGGAGAUCCUGCAGCUCAACCAGCUGCUGGAGCCGUUUUACCAGACUAAUAGUGAACUCCUUCUGUCCAGCCUCAGCUUCUACAGCACCAGCAGGAACCAGCUGUGCUCAUAUGUGGCGGAGUUGGUGAGAAAGACGGCAGAGGGGGCGUUUCCCAGCGUGGAGGACGUGGCUGCUGCUGACCGAGCCCUCCACGAGAUGAGGGCGAUGAUUCUACUGCUGCAGGAGGAGGUGGCAAGGGUACAGGAACAUAAGAAGGGGGAGGAGGAAGCGCUAAAGAAGACCACCAAAGAAGCGGCUCGGAGGAAAGGUGAGAGGGAGCAGGAAGAAUUACAACAGUGUUCAGUUCAUAAUAUUUAUUUAAGAACUGUUCCUACAGGGCUGCAGAACAGUGCUGAAGACCGUACGUUGAAAUGGUUUAAGGAUCUUCAGGAUUCAGCUGCUCAGUGCGCUCAGUCCUUCGAGCAGCUCAACUCCUCUAAAGACGUCCAGACAAAGAAGCUGAAGACGGAGCUCCAGAAAGCAGCCAACGUCCCCAUCAAUCAAAUUUCCAGCAACUCUGGUUCGCAGCUCAGAGAAAUCUUCGACAAGAUCGAUAAGCUUCUGUCGGGGCGGUCAGUGGUGUCGGGAGGGAAGUCUGUCUCCACCUCCCAGCAUCCACAGGGCCUGGACUUUGUCAGCUAUAAACUGGCCAAGAAGUUUGUGAAACAAGGAGAGGAGGAGGUGGCGUCUCACCACGAAGCAGCCUUCCCCAUCGCCGUGGUGGCCUCUGGCAUCUGGGAGCUGCACCCGCGGGUGGGCGACCUCAUCCUCGCUCACCUGCACAAGAAGUGUCCGUACGCAGUCCCACAUUACCCUCCAAUGAAGGACGGUACAUCUGUGGAGGAAUAUCAGAAGAUUCUUGGUUAUCGUGUGGACGACUCCGGGAUUGAAGGUCAGGACAGUUUCCUGAAGAGGAUGUCUGGGAUGAUCCGUCUGUACGCUGCCGUGAUUCAGCUGCGGUGGCCCUACGGCUCCAAGCAGGGGUCCGCUCCUCACAGUCUGAACCACGGCUGGCGUUGGUUGGCUCAGAUGCUCAACAUGGAACCUCUGGCCGACAUCACGGCAACGCUGCUGUUUGACUUUCUGGAGGUUUGUGGGAAUGCCUUAAUGAAGCAAUACCAGAGCCAGUUCUGGAAACUCAUCCUGCUGCUCAAGGAGGAAUACUUCCCCAGGGUCGAGGCAGUGACCAGCAGUGGACAGAUGGGCUCAGUCCUCAGACUCAAGCAGUUUCUGGAGACAUCGCUGCUGACAGGGGACAUCAAACCUCCCAAAGGUCAACUGAGCUCCACGUUCUGGAGCUCAUGA